GCCGUUAGUGUAUGCUAGAAGUAGAGGGUUUUCUCUGUUUAUAAUUAAACAUGAUACGUGCUGUACUUUCGAGUUGUAAAGAAAUCUAUAUAAACCCAUCGUUUACAUGAAAGUAUUAUACGGUCAAACAUUGUGCAAAAAUUGUUGUGUGUGAGCAAGUGUUUAAUAUGGCAUUUAGAGUAUAGUUAAAAAAAAUGAUUAAAACAUCGUUCAAGAAACCUUCAAAGGCUGACAUAACCGAUACAGAUAAAGCUAGUGCUACCCGAAGUCAAGCACUAAUUGUGGCCGCUUUCGACUUCGGCACCACAUACAGCGGAUAUGCGUAUUCCUUCAAAGACACUCCGAAUGACGUCAUAACUAACAAGAGUUGGACUGCCGGAUCUGGUAAACUAAUCACACUUAAAACACCAACAAGUUUACUUCUAAAUCAGAAUGGUGGGUUCGACUCGUUUGGAUUCGAUGCCGAGGAUAAGUUUUCGUCUUUGACAGAGGACGGAAAACACAAUGGUUGGAGACUGUUUAGAAGAUUUAAGAUGGUUCUACACAAUCAGUGCAUUUCGCGUUUAGCAACAGUUGAAGAUUUGGAAGGUAAAACUUUCCCAGCAAAACCGAUAUUUACGAUGUCGCUCAAGUAUUUACAGAAACACCUUUUGGACGCUUUGAGUAUGCGUACAAUUGGGACGCUCGAAACUGACAUCAGAUACAUAAUUACCGUACCAGCUAUAUGGGGCAUAGCUGCCAAACAGUUCAUGAGAGAAGCAGCUAUUGAGGCUGGUAUCGAUGGCGACCGUUUGAAAUUGGCCCUUGAGCCCGAGGCAGCCGCGGUCUGUUGUGAAGCCCAAAGUCACACGUUAGCGGGAAAAAAGUUCAUGGUCGUCGACUUAGGAGGUGGAACUGCUGACAUAUCUGUUCACGAGAAACAAAGAGAUGGUUCACUGAAAAAUAUUCACGCCCCUAGCGGCGGUCCGUGGGGCGGAACAUAUGUCGAUGCAAACUUCACAACGUUCAUGACAUAUGUAUUUGGGGAAGUGGCAAUGACUGCUUUACAAAGUAAUGAAAUGUACGAUUACUUUGAUAUGCUUCGUGACUUCGAAGUAAAGAAGAGGAAAUUCGAAUUCAAUUCUCAGUCCGACAUCACAUUUCGCAUCCCAGUUGUACUGAAGGAAAUUGCUGAGAAGAAUUUUCAUCAGUCUUUAUCCGACCGACUGGCAUCUUUGAAAUACGGUAAAAAGGUUUUACUGAAGGGAAGAGAUAAGCUUGGUGUCGAUUCGUCAAUCAUGCAAAGUUGGUACACGGAUCCGGUUUCCAAAAUGGUGAAUCACAUUAGCAGUAUUCUUAAAGAAGAACGAAUAAAGGAUGUUGAUCUUAUAAUCUUAGUAGGAGGGUUUGCAGAGAGUCCAUACAUACAACAGAGGAUUAAGGUAGAACUACCUGGGAAACAGCUGAUAGUUCCUGGAGAGGCGGGUCUGGCUGUAUUGAAGGGAGCCAUAAUGUUUGGACACAAGCCUGACAUUAUAUCAUCCAGGGUUAUGGAUUACACGUAUGGAAUACGUGUACGGUCUAUAUAUGACGAGAAAAAACAUCCUGCGGAAAGAAAAGUAUACAUAGACGGGAAAUGGGGAGUCAAACGCUCUUUCGAGAUAUUUGUUAGAGCGAAUGAAGACGUAAAUGUUGGCUCCAAAGUGACACAUUUGACCACUCCUGCACGCGAACAUAGUACAAUUACAAUAUACAGGACAAAAGACCGGGAUCCGACAUUUACAACAGAUCCUGGCUGUGAAAAACUUGGUAAAAUUGAAAUUGAGCGCGACAAAGACAUUCCAUUGAAUGAACAAGAAACUAAGACAACUUUUAUGUUUGGUGACACCGAGUUGCAUGUGUUGUGUGAGAUCGCUAAGAUUGGCAAAGUGCAGAAACUUAAACUUGACUUGACUAAGUAAAGCUGCCGUGAUAGAUAAGAGUAAUUAACCACUGUAAACAGUAAUUAUUUGAUAGAUUUCAUUAGGAGACUGGUUAUUAUUUAAGCUAAGACUGUACAGUUUUAUUAAAACAAGCGAAAACCGUAUGAUCUUUCGAAAGAGUGUACACAAUAUUCCAUGUGAUUAAACGAUUACUUAAAUUUUUAACUGGAAAUUUGCAGAUUCGUUGGGUGAGAAUAAUUUGCCUCGACACGAAUAUACAACUAAAUUAACAACACAUGAAACAAUCAUGUCUCAUGUUAUUUUAAAGACUGCUAGCAAUCAUCGCGACGAUGGGGAUAUAACUCUAAGUGUAAAAUGUAUAAUCCUUUCACAUUUCACCACCGUUAAAUGUUGUAUGCAUUGAUAGUUCAUAACAAAACAGCUAUAUUUUUUAAAAAGUAACACAUUCAACAACCGUAUAUGCAUUAUGUAUGCUUUUAGUGUUGAUACAAAUGACUGUAUAUUGUGUUAUUUUGUUCUUUUUAUAUAUGUUAUGUUAUAUAUUAAUUUACAACAUGUAGUUUUGUAUUUUAUUCCAUUCAUGUUAUUAGUGGUAUUUAGCUUUAUUUGUUUUGCUCUGUUAGUUUCUAUUAAGAAUAAGACAUACUGUUUCAAAUAUUCAUUCAAACUUUUAAGAUGUUUAAAGUACUAGAUUCAGUUCUGUGGUGAUUAGUAAAUGCUUUCAACUAUUAUGUGUUAAUAACAUUCCAACAAACAAACAACCACAGCCUUUUUCUGUUCUCAAUAACAAAUACAUCAUUUUUCAACUUGUUAUGAUUAAUUUGAUAGUUCAUCAUAACGUUCAGUUUAUAUUUGUAUAUUAACUCUAUAUGCCUCAUUGUGUAGGCCAUAGAUCUGUAUUAUUUACAGGACUUUAUUUACACGUAAAUAUUUUCGUUGAAUUCAAAGCUAUUUGUUUUGUUUUGAAAUAUUGAGCGAUUAAGAAAGCUUAAUUCAUUUCGAAUAUAUUAAAUAACAUGACUCAACAAUUGUCAAUAAAAGUUUAUUCUCAUCAGUUGGGUAUCAGUAUAAGUAUUUUUAUUAUUAUUAGCGAAUUUAAUAAAAUAUUUAUUUAAUUAA